AUGAUAUCUCUCACUCCGUACACAUUUCAAGCGGUUACUUGUAGACUCGUAGGCCUUUGGAAGAAUGCUCGAGCAGUGUCGGAUUGGUUAACAUUUACGGUUUCCAGCUAUUGCUGUUCCUGUUGUAACACAAUGUCUUCGUCGGAUUCCACGUGCACCGAUUUUUCUGAUAAAUCUGCCGAUAAAAUAUUUGAAUUUCCUCCAUCCCCAGUUGUAGACCCUGGUAAAGCUUGUGGAGAACCACUACAGGCUCAGCAUGUUAUGAUAGACUUCAGCCCUCGCCCAGAAGACACAGACGAAUUACAAGAAAGAUGCGCAGAGCUAUGGAAUCUUAUUCCUACAACUCAUUUGAAAGAAGUGUAUCGUUCGAGAAUUGACGAGGUCAUACCUGAAGAGGUCCCCAACGGUUCUACGAAAAGUAAAGAAGAAUUCGUUAUAAAUGAAAAUAGUGAAGAGUUUCCAGCCAUUCAUGCAGUUAAACAAUUACAAGCAAAAGAUGGCACUCAAUUCCGCUGUGACUACAGAUUAUUUUCGGAAGCAGGAGGAUGGCUAAAGUUUCAUCGUAUGCCAGCAAACUGGUUCGACGCACGGCUGAGAUGUCACCUCGAAGGAGGUCAGUUAGCGUCACCAUCGACACAGGGCCUCAUAAAUGCAAUGAAACUCCUCAUCGGCGAAGCAACUGGUGACAUGAGUUGCGGAGUUUUCACCGGGGUACAUGCUACUUUUUCAAGAGGAGAUUUCCAUACUAUAGAAGGUGUCCCUCUUUCGAAGUUUCCCCACACUUGGGCCGCGGGUGAGCCUGAUAAUUUCAAGGACGAAGAGAGCUGCAUAGCUAUGCUCCCGGACGGCAACGUGGCUGACGUGAACUGUCGCGAGCCUCUUCCCUACAUCUGUUACAAGGAAAAUACUAAAACCAUGUCCAUGUCUAACUGUGGCACUACGGACUAUGAAUACGUGUUCGACUCGCGUACAGGCAGCUGCUACAAAUUCCACACCGUGCCGCGCACUUGGUCCCGUGCGUACAUGACCUGUUCGGCCGAAGGUGGCUACCUAGCCAUCAUCAACAGCGAUACAGAGGCACGACUGAUCAAGGAGAUAUUCGCAAAGCACCCGCCCGGCUCAAUACUUGGAAACUUCUUGAAGACGGUAGCCUUCAUCGGUUUCCACGAUUGGAACGAACACGGCGAAUGGUUGACCAUUAAUGGUGAAACGCUCAAUAAAGCUGGAUACGCCAAGUUCUCAGGGCCUGACAACGCAACAACUGGAGAGUUUUGCGGUGGCGUGUACCGAUCGUCGCUCCUUGAUGACAUCUGGUGUGAAAACAAAUGCAACUUCAUUUGCGAGAAGAGCCCAGACAGUUUACUCUGCGAAAAUAAAGUGUAG